UUCCGUAUUCGUAUAUAUAAGAAACUCAACUAGGGUUUUAGUUUCUUUGUUACGUAGUAUCUUCUUUCUCACAGCACACGCACACAGCGAUCAAGACUCAAGAGGCGCAGCAACUUUGCUCGUCUCUUUUUACAAUUCGCAAACAUGGCAAGAGGGUUGAAGAAACAUUUGAAGAGGCUCAAUGCUCCAAAACAUUGGAUGCUUGAUAAGCUUGGCGGUGCCUUUGCACCAAAGCCAUCAUCUGGACCACACAAAUCAAGGGAGUGCCUGCCUUUGAUUCUUAUCCUGCGAAACAAACUAAAAUAUGCUCUCACAUAUAGAGAAGUAAUUGCCAUCUUAAUGCAGCGCCAUGUUUUAGUUGAUAACAAAGUUAGGACAGAUAAGACAUAUCCUGCUGGUUUUAUGGAUGUCGUGUCUAUCCCCAAGACUAAUGAAAAUUUCCGUCUUCUCUAUGACACAAAGGGUCGAUUCCGUCUCCACUCUGUAAGGGAUGAUGAGGCAAAGUUUAAGCUUUGCAAGGUACGAUCUGUUCAGUUUGGGCAGAAAGGUAUACCAUAUCUGAACACCUACGAUGGACGCACCAUCCGCUACCCUGAUCCCCUGAUUAAGGCCAAUGACACAAUCAAACUAGACCUGGAACAAAACAAAAUAGCCGAUUUCAUCAAAUUUGAUGUCGGGAAUGUUGUUAUGGUUACUGGUGGGAGGAACAGAGGCCGUGUUGGUGUCAUUAAGAACAGGGAGAAGCACAAGGGAACUUUUGAGACCGUUCACGUCCAGGAUGCCACUGGUAAUGAGUUUGCAACCCGGUUGAGUAAUGUCUUCACUAUUGGCAAAGGUACAAAGCCUUGGGUGUCUCUUCCCAAAGGCCGGGGUAUCAAAUUGACUGUCAUUGAGGAGGCUAGAAAGCGGAUUGCUGCUCAACAGGUGGCAGCUGCUUAAAUCUGAUUACAUAUAUAUUGUUGGACAAUUUAGCCAUUUAGAUUGUUUGAGACUGAUUUUUUAUUUUAAUCCGCUGGUUUCCAGGGGAAUGGUUGUGAGACCGAUUUGUGGCUAAUAUGAGAUUAGUUUUGUUUUUAAUGCAACAUCACAAUUUUGAACUAGACAUGGUGAGUUCAAUUUGGCACCCUUUCCAUGUUGGACAACAUUUCUUGUACUAAAUUCCCUCUUCCAAUUGUAUUACAAUUAUGAUUAUGAUAUGAUGAUUCUAAAAUUAUGGA